UCGGCUCUCAGUAUCAGCUACUUUGAGAGAAACGUGAGCCAUUUUUCGUUCGCUAAGCGAACUGCGAAGAAAAGGAGAGGAAAUACGAAAAAUUCAGAGAGAUUUUGGAGUAGGAGGCCUGAAUUCUCUCAGAGCAGGAGAUAAGGUUGAGCUCAGGCGAGUCCAGGUUCCCAGUUCUCUGUCUGCAGAAGAGGGGCGAAGUUGCUUUUAAGCUAUUAAUCAAUGGGUUCAAUUGCAGAACCACCGCCAGAAGUAAAUUACAGCAAGCCCCUAGGAAUCCGAUUUAUAGAGUACAUAAAAAGAUCGGCCAUUUCUUACAAGACUCAUCAAGCCAUUGUCCUUAUAGUAACCUUCUUCGCUUACUUGACCUACCAUGCUACUAGGAAAACAACGAGUGUUGUAAAAAGUGCUCUUGAUCCCCAGUCUCCCGAUCUAGACUUGAAAUCGCCCUUCUCGUGGAGAAGGGCUUAUUCUCACAAGCCAUUAGAAAGCACUAGGAAUUCAUGGGUUCUUGGAGCUGGUUGGGCGCCGUUUAAUGGUGCUGAUGGAACAGCAUUGCUUGGCGAGCUUGAUGUUGCUUUCCUCUUUGUGUAUGCUGUGGGGAUGUUCUUUUCUGGGCAUGCAGGAGAUAGGAUGGAUCUCAGAAUUUUUCUAACUAUAGGGAUGGUCGGAACUGGUUUGUUUACGGCCCUUUUUGGUAUUGGAUACUGGGCGAACGUCCACUUAUUUUAUUAUUAUUUGAUCGUCCAAAUGCUUGCUGGCUUGUUCCAAUCUACUGGAUGGCCCUCAGUCGUUGCGGUAGUUGGCAAUUGGUUUGGUAAGAAGAAGAGAGGACUUAUAAUGGGUAUCUGGAAUGCUCAUACAUCUCUUGGUAACAUUACCGGUUCUGUGGUUGCUUCAAUAUUGUUGAAGUAUGGAUGGGGUUGGUCCAUGGUUGUCCCUGGUUUAGGAAUUGCUUUUGUGGGCAUGGUGCUGUUCUUUUUCUUACCGGUUAGCCCUGAGUCUGUUGGAGCUAGUAUGGAUGACGAUGAGUUGCUGUCUCCCAGGAAAGAAGGAGAGGAAGUAACAGAACCAUUGUUGAGAGCAAAGUCAGAUGAUAAGGAUGCUGUGGGAUUCCUAGAAGCAUGGAGAAUUCCUGGGGUUGCCCCCUUUGCACUUUGUCUUUUCUUUGCUAAAUUGGUGGCGUACACAUUCCUCUACUGGCUACCAUUCUAUAUUAGCCAUACAGCUAUUGAAGGGAGAUACUUAUCGAACGAGGAGUCUGGAAACCUCUCGACGUUAUUUGAUGUCGGAGGGGUGGUUGGUGGGAUCCUGGCAGGCCAUAUUUCUGAUCGUUUAGGUGCUAGAGCCAUAACGGCAGCGAGUUUCAUGUACUGUGCCAUUCCAGCUCUCUUCUUCUACAGAAGCUACGGGCACGUCUCGAUGACUCUAAACAUCAUACUCAUGUUGAUCACGGGCAUGUUUGUGAAUGGGCCUUAUGCUCUUAUAACGACUGCAGUUUCGGCUGACCUGGGAACACACAGCUCAUUAAAGGGCAACUCGAAAGCACUAGCCACAGUUACCGCCAUUAUAGAUGGAACGGGCUCUAUCGGGGCUGCCAUUGGACCAUUGCUAACAGGAUAUAUUUCAACUAAGAGCUGGAGUGCUGUUUUCACAAUGCUAAUGGGUGCAGCCCUGAUAGCUGGUCUGCUUCUAACGAGGCUGGUUGUGGCUGAGGUGGCUGCAAAGAUUCAAGGGUUGAGGUCAGAGCUAACAAGGUCGAGGUCUCCCGAAACAGAAGUAUAGUUGUUCUAAGGUGCCGUAAAUGUUCUGAUUGCUUACAACUAAAUGUCAUCAAUUAUCUCUUUGAUGAGUUACUGCAGUCGAUAUGAUUGAAGAAAUGGUAAAAGACUUGAGAGUUUGCUAUCUCAGAAAGAAGAAGGUGUUUUAUAUCCAUCCUUCUUCAUGGUUUGAAAUUGUGAUGGGAAGAAGUAGUGGUUCACUUGUUUUUCACUUGUAAAACAUGGCUUCGUUGUAUAUUCUUGUAUGAAUAUGGGUUUGGCCAUCGUCCCCCAAGAAAAGGCUAGAGGAAAUGAUUAUCAAGAUUUGCAGAUUAUCAUGUGUUUGUUUGUCUGAUAGAAGGAUUAAUUGUACACAUCCGUCCAAUUCGAUGUCUUUUUUCAGUUGUGAUUUGGAUGUGAUGUGCAUUAUUGUAUCAAACUACUAGAACUCAAACGUACUGAUUAAGUGGGUAUUUCCCAUUUCUUUU